UAUAUAGUUGGGGAAGGGUCCGGGUCCCCCAUCUAGUGCCUGCAGCCGUCCGGCAGCGUGCGUGCUGAGUGUGCGGAGCGGCGCGGAGAAGCUGGGCUCUGUCUGUCUGUCUGUCUGUGUCUCUCUCUCUCCCCGUCUCUCCCCAGGAUUUAUGGACUUUACUUUCUAGAGGGCGGCGCGGCAAGGAUGAGAGCCCAGCUGGUGUGCGUGGUGCUGCUGGCCCUGGCCUCCUGCAGCCUCUGCUCAGAUUCAGAAGAGGAAAUGAAAGCGUUAGAAGCAGAUUUAUUGACUAAUAUGUACACAUCAAAGAUUAACAGAGCAAAACUUCCUUACUGGAAAAUGACCCUGCUAAAUGUCUGCAAUCUUGUCAACAACAUAAACAACCAAGUCGGGGAAACAGUCGAGGUAGAUGAAGAGGAUCUUGUUUCAGGAAGACAGUUUCCUGCUGCUCUGGAUGGCUUCAGCUUGGAAGCAAUGUUGACAGUUUAUCAGCUCCAAAAAGUUUGCCACAGCAGAGCCUUUCAGCACUGGGAGUUAUUUCAGCAAGAUGGUUUUGAUCUAGAGAAUUCAAGCCAAGACAAGGAAAUAAUGAAAAGAAAAAAUCCCUAUAUUCUGAAACGGCAGCUACAUGUGAACAAAGCUAGAAGACCAUACAUACUUAAGAGAAGUUCAUAUUACUGAUGCAGCAGAAGAAAACAUUGUAUAUUUAGUUUAUAGGUAACUGUGCAUUAUGGUUAUCUUAUCUAAAUCUGAAAUCAUACUUGUGUGAAAAUAUACUAUGGAAAACCAUCAAGAUGAUAACAUAGCUGUGUCUUUUUUUUGCAACUGCUGUUUCUUGAUUGUGAUUUUUUCCUACUUGAGAUUAAUUGGAUUAAUAUAUUUGCAAAUAAAUCUAGUUUCUAAGCAUGA